AGUCUCUCAACUAGUCGUCUCUUCUCUUCUCUUCUCUCUAGCGCAGCCAACUCCUCCACUUGCAGCUACCACCACCAUCAUCGCCGAUAGAACUAGUUUUGAUGUCAUGGAAAGAAAAAUAUAUUCAAGGUUGGAAAAGUAAAGGAUAGUUUUAUUAUAAAUUUGGUGUGGUUUUUGGGAUCUGAUUUUGUAGGGAUGACAUCUCUGAGCAAUUUAGGAAUUGGGUUAAGCUUGGUAUUCAGUUUACUCUUACUAGCACUUGUUGCAGAGUUAUACUACUUACUAUGGUGGAAGAAGAAAAGAGUAACCAAUGAUAUCCAAGAUGAUUACAGCAGCAGUUGUAGUUCAUCAAGUGCAAGAGAGUUUUUAUAUUUGUUUUGUUGGAAGAAGCCAUCUUCAUUGAGUUCAACAGGUUUAAACCCUCAAGGACUCUUUAAUGAUCUUGAACAACAAAGUCAACUUAGCUCAAGCAAACAAGUGUAUUUGAACUCAUUUGGUGAAGAUAGUAUUGAAGCUGAAUUAAUGAGAUUGCAUAAUCUUUCAGGACCACCAAGAUUGCUGUUCACCAUUAAAGAAGAAACAAAAGAAGAUCUGGAGUCAGAAGAUGGAAGAUCUAGAAAUAACAAAGUAUCAAGAAAAAGUUUAGCUGAUUUUCUUGUUGCAGUGGAAACACCAUUUUUAACACCAAUGUCUUCACCAAGAUUAACUCCUCCUCUUACUCCAAUUCAUAGUUAUAACCAAAGUGGUAUUAACCCUUUGUUUGAAUCAUCUGUUGAUCCUGAGAUGUAUAGGAUAAGACCAUCACCUCCUCCAAAAUUCAAGUUCUUGAAAGAUGCUGAGGAUAAAUUUACUAAGAGAAGAUUGAUUGAAGAAGCUUUGAGAAAGGUCCAAAAGAAUACAGUUUCUCCAACUUCAUCAAUGGCUUCAUCAAAUGAGGAAGAUGGUUCUUUCACUAUAACAGUGGAUAAUAAACACAAGGAAAGUGAAUUUGAUCAUUAUCACCACCAUCAAAAUUCAUCACAAAUACUACCACUGUCCUCAUCUCCAUCACCAUCCACUGUCAAGAGUCCUAAACAUUGAAAAGAAACUGUAAUUUGGUUUUAAUUUUUGCAUUUUUCUUUUUUUAACGAUUAUUGUGAAUUUAAUAGAAAUUUUAGAUUCUGGGUUCUUUCAUUUUGAGGAUGAAGCCAUUGUUAACCUGUAAUUCAAACAGCAAUGCCAUCUUUGUUAUUCUGAAUUAAGAAUGAGUGAUGAUGAUAAUGAAGGUAAAGACAACAUUGAUGUUGGAAUAUGACCUGUGUAUAGCACUUUGUUUUUAUCUAUGUCCAUG